AUGCAAACAAAUGGUAAACGACAAAUAUCUCUUCCUGCUCCUUACAUGAGACCGCAUUAUGAUGUGGUGGUCAUCGGAUCAGGUUAUGGUGGUGGUAUAGCUGCAUCUCGUAUGUCUCGAGCUGGAAAAAGAGUAGCUCUUUUAGAAAAAGGUCUGGAAAGAUGGCCAGGAGAAUACCCAACUGAAUUAACCGAAUGUGCUCAAGAAUUACAAUUCAGUUCAGUUUCUGGGCAUAAGGGUAAAAAAACCGGAAUGUACCAUUUUUAUGUUGGAUCUGGUCAAAGUGCUUAUGUAGGAUGUGGACUUGGCGGCACUUCACUCAUAAAUGCAAACGUGGCGUUAGAAGCAGAUCCACGUGUUUGGAAAAUGUCUGCUUGGCCAAAAGAGAUUCAUGACGAUUUUGAUG